UUGGGGUCUGGAAAUUAGAAUAUUGUAAAACAGGAUAGAUCAAACUUAAAAUACAGCUUAAAGCUGUUCUGAAUUGCUCUGCCUUUUUCUCCGCUCCACAGUUGACUAUAGCACUUUUGGGCUGGGCCGGUAGUUCCAUUUCCCUUCCGCCAUUGCGGGGAGACUGUGUAUGUUGUUUCUGUUUGGGGAAGUGGUACGGGGCCGUUCCUUUUUCUCGUGAGUCCGCAAUUUUACUGUUUUUUUUUUCUUCCUUGUUCCUUUCACUGGGGCGUGAGGUAACUGCUGCAAAAAGCAACUGAACUCCUGGUGUGUGGCAUACUGUGGACAGAAAUUACCAAGUGCAAAAAAAGUUUUGUUCCGGUAAGAGCAGCUACCGCUCAAGUUGUUUCUGAACUCUGCAUUGCUUUAACGAGUAACUUGGGCAGUAAUUCUGUUGAACGGGUGGGUACGACGCGGGUUGCUGCACUUUUAUCUGGGGCAGUAGUUGCAGCUAGGAGUUAUGUCUGAUAACGGAGAAUUUGAGGAUAAGCCUCCUGCACCACCUGUUAGAAUGAGUAGUACUGUCUUCAGUUCGGGUGGUAAAGACCCGAUAUCUGCUAACCAUAACUCAAAACCACUUCCUUCAGUACCCGAGGAAAAGAAGCCUAGAAGUAAAAUCAUCUCUAUAUUCCUAACAGAUAAAGGAAGCAAGAAGAAAGAGAAAGAAAGGCCAGAAAUAUCUCCACCUUCAGAUUUUGAACACACAAUCCAUGUAGGUUUUGAUGCAGUUACUGGUGAAUUCACUGGAAUGCCAGAGCAGUGGGCGCGGUUGCUCCAGACAUCCAAUAUCACCAAAUUGGAACAGAAGAAGAAUCCCCAAGCAGUAUUAGAUGUGCUCAAAUUCUAUGACUCCAACACAGUAAAACAGAAAUACUUAAGUUUUUCUUCUCCAGAAAAGGAUGGCUUCCCUUCAGGAACACAAACAUCCAACGCAAAAGGCAGUGAGCCCUCAGCUGUUACGGCAUUACCAAGUGAUGAGGAAGAUGAUGACGGAACUCCUCCCCCUGUGGUAGCACCUCGACCUGAACAUACAAAAUCGAUGUACACACGAUCUGUAAUCGAUCCUAUUCCUGCACCUGUGGGCCAAGAUGCUAAGGCUGGGGACAAACGAGGAAAGAAAACAAAAAUGUCUGAUGAAGAGAUAAUGGAGAAGCUAAGAACGAUAGUGAGUAUAGGAGAUCCUAAAAAGAAAUACACAAGAUAUGAGAAGAUUGGACAAGGUGCGUCUGGUACAGUGUUCACAGCCAUUGAUGUAGCAACAGCACAAGAGGUUGCUAUUAAACAGAUCAAUCUACAGAAGCAGCCCAAGAAGGAGCUGAUCAUAAAUGAGAUUCUAGUAAUGAAAGAGUUAAAGAAUCCCAACAUUGUAAACUUUCUUGACAGUUUCCUUGUGGGUGAUGAGCUGUUUGUAGUGAUGGAGUACUUGGCAGGUGGUUCUCUAACGGACGUGGUAACUGAAACCUGCAUGGAUGAAGCACAGAUUGCUGCUGUUUGUCGAGAGUGUUUACAAGCACUGGAGUUCUUACAUGCCAACCAGGUUAUCCAUCGAGAUAUCAAAAGUGACAAUGUUUUGCUGGGAAUGGACGGAUCGGUCAAACUGACUGAUUUUGGCUUUUGUGCACAGAUUACUCCAGAGCAAAGUAAACGCAGCACCAUGGUAGGCACUCCGUAUUGGAUGGCUCCUGAAGUGGUCACACGGAAAGCUUAUGGUCCAAAAGUGGACAUCUGGUCUCUAGGAAUCAUGGCAAUUGAGAUGGUAGAAGGAGAACCCCCUUACCUCAAUGAGAAUCCUUUGAGGGCCUUGUACCUAAUAGCUACAAAUGGCACUCCUGAACUGCAAAAUCCAGAAAAACUCUCCUCAAUUUUCCAAGAGUUCCUCAACCUCUGUUUGGAGAUGGAUGUAGAAAAGAGGGGAUCUGCAAAAGAACUUCUGGCGCAUCCAUUUUUAAAGUUGGCAAAGCCCUUGUCUAGUUUGACACCACUGAUCCUGGCAGCCAAGGAGGCGAUGAAGAGCAACCGUUAAUUUUUCCUUAGUUUUGUUCAUUGUUUGCACAUCUCAUCCUGCAAAAUAAAAAUUUGCAGUUUAACUGCAGAGCAAAGAAAAGUGCUGAACUGGCAUUGUACCGUAAGCGGUGGAACCCAAGGGUACACAAUAACUGUUUUAUACAGAUAUAAAACAAAAGAAUAAAUGAAACCUUCGUUUUUCAGUAGCUGCCUUCUUGCAGUAGCCUGGGCAUUGCAGUACUUGAAUUGCACAUUGUAGGUCGGACACAUGAAUGACACACUUAAACGGCUGGGUGAGUGGUUCUCUGGUUCCGUAAUCCCAGGCUACACUUUGAGAACCUCCCUCCUUUAAUCUUUUCCAUACAAAGGUGCCUCUUAUACUGUAUAGGGUGAGCUGUUAUUAACUCUUUUUAUAUUCCUGGGUCUUGGGAGCUCUGAUGCUGCCUCAAUAUUUUGUAUAUGGUGUAUUUUUCCCAUUGGUGUUGAAUCAUUGCAUAGAUUUCAGGAUUUAAAGUAUUAAAUAGCUAUUUUCUGUUUAA